AUGGCUGAAGAAUUCGAUGAUGCCGAAUUUCUAGCGGCCGAAGCAGCCGUGCAAAGGUCCGGAAAUUCGUCAGGAAGCAGUCGUCCCGCCACGACUGGGACCUCCCGAAUUGUUCAGCCAAAGCCACAGGCACUGCCUUCUAGGCAGGGGCCUUCUGCUAUAUUGGUCUCUACUCGCCAGAAAGGCAAUCCGAUUCUGAACCAUGUUAAGUCGUUACCGUGGGAGUAUUCCGAUAUCCCCUGUGACUAUGUGCUGGGAGCGACAACAUGCGCCCUGUUCUUGUCUCUGAAGUACCAUCGGCUACACCCUGAAUAUGUCUACAGUCGCCUUCGCCAACUCGGGAAGCUGUACAACCUCCGCAUCUUGCUGACGAUGGUAGACAUAACAAACCAUGAAGAAGCUCUUAAAGAACUAUCCAAGACCUCCAUGAUCAACAAUUUGACCCUGAUCCUCUGCUGGUCGUCGCAAGAAGCCGGCCGAUACCUCGAACUCUUCAAGUCCUACGAGCAUGCGUCGCCCACCUCAAUACGGGCCCAUCGAGCCGAGACAUACAAGGAGAACCUGACGGAGUUUGUCACCACGCCUCGCAACAUCAACAAAACCGACGCCGCAAGCCUGAUUUCCAACUUUGGUUCCCUCCGCGCCGCAGUGAACGCGCAACCAGAAGAGUUGGCCAUCGUUCCUGGAUGGGGUGAGAAGAAAGUCAAGGCAUGGUCAACCACAGUUCGCGAGCCAUUUAGAAUCAAGAGAGCGACCAAGUCUAGUGCUGCAUUAUUGAGACAAGAAUCGACGAUGUCCAGUGAAGAUGGCUUGCCUAAUGUCUCAUCUGAAUCCUUAUUGCUAACCACUCCCGUGGGCACGACGUCUGCUCCUCGAGGACCAGAAAUGGACUCGGUGAUGGUACACGGACAUAUGGGACUCGGCCCGUCCCAGAAGCGCGCCCGGCUGCAGGAGAUACCAGCCGACGAUUUCGACGAAGACGAGGAGGCGUUGGCGUUUACAAUGGCACAAGAAGCAGACCUAGCAGGACCGGAAAAACAAAGAGCCGAGCAAGCCGUCGCUCGGCAAGAGCCUGGACUAAGCGACGGCAUCGCCGCGGCUCUAGCGAAACUACGCCAGAGUCAUUGA